AUGUUAUUCUAUUGGUUGAUUUCUCUACUUUUCGGUGUUGUAGCCGCCCAACAGCGUCUUGAGGCCACCUCGUUGUUAACAUGUAUGGAUAACUCGCAGGUAUGGGCCUCGUACUUGAAUGUGGUGUUUUAUCCCCACAAUCUGUCGGUGGUUCUUGAUAUCCUGGCCAUCUCCAACAUUAACAACGUUAAAGUGGGUGCUCACAUCGAGUUGAUCGCCUACGGUAUCAAGGCAGUCUCACAGGAUGUCAACUUGUGCAGUUUUGGUGCUGAUUACACCCAGCUUUGUCCCUUGACGUCUGGACACUUGGACAUUUCCUUCACCCAGAACGUUUCCGCUUCCAUCGUGAACCAGAUUCCUGGAGUGGCGUACACCAUUCCAGAUUUGGACGCCCGUGUGCGUAUUAUCGUCUACGACUUAUCGAACAAGACCAACUUGGCUUGUGUGGAGGCAUCAGUAUCCAACGGUAAAACCGUUCAGACCAAAUAUGCUGCCUGGCCAAUCGCUGCGAUUGCGGGUUUGGGUUUGAUCAGUUCGGGUGUGAUUUCAGUAAUUGGUCAUUCAAGUACUGCUGCACACAUUGCGUCGAACUCUAUGUCAUUAUUCGUUUACUUUCAAUCUUUAGCCAUUACCUCAAUGUUGGCCGUGGCUAAAGUUCCUCCCAUUGCAUCCGCCUGGGCCCAGAAUUUCCAGUGGUCCUUGGGUAUUAUCAGAGCCAACUUUAUUCAGAACAUUGCAAACUGGUACCUUCAGUCUACCGGUGGCCUGCCAACUGACGUCUUAGGAAAUAAGUAUUUGUCUAUUUCUGUUCAGAAGGCCAAGAGAGGAUUGGAAUUCAUGUACCAGACUCUUGACAAUCCUUUUGGAGGUGCUCGCUACAUGAUGAGUAAGAGAAACAGUGUUUCAAUCGACAGUGAUACAUUUGGCUUGAGUGACACCUUGAACUCCACCUUGUACACCACCAACGAGAAAGACUCUAGUAUGGGCAACAAGGUGUUGAUUUUGCGUGGAAUCCAGAGAGUAGCCUACUUGGCACGUAUUGAAAUCACGAAUUUGUACAUGACGGGUAUCAUCUUCUUGUUUUUCUUCGCUUUCGUCGCUGUGGUGUGUAUGAUGUUCUUCAAGGCCAUUAUUGAAAUCUUGGUGCGUUCAAAGAAGAUGAACGAGGGCAAGUUUGCUGAGUACAGACAGCAAUGGUCUAACAUUAUCAAGGGUGCCGUGUACAGACUUUUGCUUGUUGCAUUCCCACAAAUAUCCGUUUUGGGUUUCUGGCAAUUCACCGCUCAUGAUUCUGUCGGAAUUGUUGUUGUGGCUGCAUUCUUGCUCUUGGUUACACUCGGUUUGUUGUUAUUUGCUACCGUGAGAGUGAUUUCAUAUGGUCGCAGGUCGGUCAGACAGCACCAGAACCCAGCCUAUCUCUUGUACGGAGAUGGAAAGUUCUUGAACAAAUUUGGUUUUGUUUACGUUCAAUUCAGAGCAGACUGCUACUACUUCGUUGCAAUUUCCCUUCUCUAUAUUUUCCUCAAGACUUUGUUCGUUGCUGUACUCCAGAAACAUGGAAGAAUCCAGGCAGUUAUUGUCUUCGCCAUUGAAUUAAUCCAUUGUGUGGCUGUUUGCUGGGUGAGACCAUUCAUGGAUAAGAGAACGAAUGUUUUCAAUAUCACAAUUGCUGUUAUCAACACUGUCAACGCUUUGUUCUUUAUGUUCUUUUCUUACGUUUUCAACCAACCUCAAGUGGUUGCAUCAGUCAUGGCAGUCGUGUUCUUCGUUGUGAAUGCCGUUUUCGCGUUGUACUUGUUGAUUUUCACCAUCGUCACAUGUGUGUUGGCUGUGGUUUACACCAACCCAGACACUAGAUACUCACCUAUGAAGGAUGACAGAGUGUCAUUCUUGCCACGUUUGGGAGGAAACAAGGGAGCAGCUGGAGGAAACGACCGAGAUGACAUUGAAUUAGUUGCUUUAGGAGCAAGUGCAAUGAAGGGUCAUGAGCAUGCAAAGAACACAUAUGAUGAUGCAGACUCCUUCGAUGAUCUGGAGUCUUCCAACAGAAGAAAUGCCUAUAACUCAGCUUACGCUGACGCGGAGAGCAAGAACUCCGCGGGCUAUUCUCCGGAACCAACGCAACCAGCAUCCACCAUUGUGGGCAACUCUGACAGUGCCUAUAACAACAACUACACCUCUGGCAAUGCUUACAACUCAGGAAACGCCUACAACUUUAACACCUCCUAUCCUGGAAGACAGGAAGAACAGACUAGAGCUCCUUACCAGGGUUACUACGACAGAAAUCUGACCCCUCACAACCAGUCCAACAAUUACCUUUGA